AUGUCGGAUGAUCGGUGUGAUGGGUUGAUGGGUUGGAUCGGUGUGGUCGCUGUUGGAAUGAUCGGUGUGUUCGGUGUCGGUGUGGUGUUUGCUGUUUGCUGUCGGGGUCUUUGUCGGUGUCGUUGGUGUCGGUGUCGGCUUCGGUUCCGUCGAUGUUCUGGCGGUGUGGUCAGUUCCGGUGUCGCUGUGAGUGGCGUCGAUGCGAUCGGUGUCGGUGUGUUCGGUGUCGGUGUGAUCGGUGUGGUCGGUGUCGGAUUGAUCAGUUUGAUCGGUUUGAUCGGUGUCGGUGUGAUGUUUGUUGUUGUAGUCCUUGUCGGUGACGGUGUCGGUGUCGUCGGUGUUUGUGAAGGUAUUGGUGUCGUCGGUGUUUGUGUCGGUGUGGUCGGUGUCGGGCUGGUCAGUGUCGGUGUGAUCGGUUUCGGUUUGAUCCGUGGCAAUGUGAUCGGUUUGAUCAGCAUCAUCGGUGUCGGCGUGACUGGUGUGGUCGAUGCGAUCGGUGUCGAGGUGGUCGGUGUGACCGUUGUCGGUGUGGCCAGUGUGGUCGGCGCGGUGGGUUUGUUCGGUGUCGGUGUGAAAGGUGUGGUCGAUGCGAUCGGUGUCGAAGUGGUUGGUGUGAUCGUUGUCGGUGUGGCCAGUGUGGUCGGUGCGGUGGGUUUGUUCGGUGUCGGUGUGACAUGUGUGGUCGGCGUGAUCGCUGUCGGAUGGGUUGGUGUGAUCGAUUAA